AUGCUGAUAGAUGGACUAGAUAAUAUACCCAAUCCACUGAGGCCGGGAACUCGCCCUUGGUCAAAGAUACCCGUACACAUGCUUUCAAAUCUCCCUGUUGCUUCCCCAGUGCGCCUCUACCACAAUGGGCGUUCCCAGCCUGAGACCGAGGACUCUCACCCUCGCCCAUCUCCCUCUUUACCUACCACUUCAGAUGCCGACCUCCCCCAUCUUACACCUUCCAAGACUGUGCACAUGACACAGAUCACCGAAAAACCGGAGACCAAGCGACUUGCCACAGCCGCCUGCACAGUCUCCUUCUCGAACGGACGACCCUGGGAAAUCCUUCGCGAAGGCCAAGGCACCCACAAAGGUGACGUAUUCAGCGUUGCCCGGAUCGCAGGUAUCAUGGCGGCAAAGCGGACGCCGGACCUCGUACCUCUUUGUCACCCGGGCAUCGGUAUCACUGGGGUCGAGGUCAGUGUGGAUCUGAUCGGGCCUAUUUCGAAGAGCGAUCACGGUGCCAUGCAUGUCGUGGCGUCGGUCAGCUGUUUUGGCCGCACGGGCGUUGAAAUGGAGGCCAUGACGGCUACCAUAGGAGCAGCAUUGACGAUCUAUGACAUGCUCAAGGCUGUGGAUAAAGGGAUGGUCAUUGGUUCGGUGAGGCUGUUGGAGAAAAAGGGCGGGAAGAGUGGGCAUUGGGUGCGGGAUGAUUCACAAAGCUUGGUAUAG